CAGAGGAGGAGUGAGAGAGCUUCUUAAGCGCCAUUUUUACGUUUCCCAAUUCCAACGCCCAAAAUAUGACAUCUUAGAUUCUGUAAGAAAAGGGAUAUUUUUUUAUGUUCUUCAGUUGAAAGGCAAAAGGGAAAAGAAAAAACAAUGGGUUGUACAUUUUCAGGGCUGAAUGCAUUAUACGACUCCACGAAUGUUGGAGGGGACGUUUGGAUCAACGAAAAUCGGUUCAAGAUCGUGAGGCAGUUGGGUGAAGGUGGCUUCGCUUAUAUUUAUCUGGUUAAGGAAGCCAUCCCCGAUUCUUCUUCUGCUUCAGCCGGUGGCUUAGCCAACAAAGUCAAGGACCCUUCUCAUCUCUCUGACGAUGGAACUUACGCGAUGAAGAAGGUUCUCAUUCAGAGUAAUGAACAGUUAGAAUUGGUUCGGGAGGAGAUCCGUGUUUCGUCCUUGUUUAAUCACCGUAAUCUGCUUCCCCUUCUUGAUCAUGCUAUCAUUUCUGUCAAGCCUACACAACAAGGGUCAUGGAAUCACGAAGCAUAUUUACUAUUUCCUGUUCAUUUGGAUGGAACAUUACUGGACAAUUCCAAAGCCAUGAGUGCUAGAAAUGAAUUCUUUUCUACCUCAGAUGUUCUUCAAAUAUUGCGGCAGUUGUGUGCCGGACUCCAGCAUAUGCACAAUCUUGAGCCUCCAUAUGCACAUAAUGAUGUCAAGCCUGGUAAUGUUCUUAUAACCCGCAGAAAAGGGGAAACGCCUCUUGCUAUAUUAAUGGACUUUGGUAGUGCUCGUCCUGCAAGGAAGCAAAUUCACUCUCGUUCUGAGGCGCUACAGCUACAGGAAUGGGCAUCUGAGCACUGUGCAGCACCUUUCCGAGCUCCUGAGUUGUGGGAUUGCCCAAGCCAUACAGAUAUUGAUGAGCGAACUGAUAUUUGGUCGUUGGGGUGCACUUUAUAUGCAAUAAUGUAUAGGGUAUCCCCAUUUGAGUAUGCUCUUGAAGAAUCUGGAGAAAGCCUGCAACUGGCCAUUGUGAAUGCACGGAUUAAAUGGCCAGCUGGACCUAAACCGCAGUAUCCCGACACACUUCACCAAUUCGUGACUUGGAUGCUUCAGCCUCAGGCAACUGUUCGCCCUUGCAUAGAUGAUAUCAUAUAUCACGUAGACAAGUUGAUCUUGAAGUUUUCACAGUGAAAUAUUAUAUUGGGACUCGGUUGAUCAGGAAAGGGCAUUCAACCGGUAAUAAAAGAUCAAAUCGAUCAUCCACAUUCUAGCAACUUGUUAUAAAGGCAAGUUUUGAAGUACUUCUGAAAUGAAAACAGUAGCAGUUCCUUUAAUCCUUUUUGCCUGUGUUACUUGGAUUCGAGGGCGAGCGGUUAUCGAAUAUAGAUAUGCGUUUGUCUAAGUUUUUUGCUAUAUAUAUUUAAAGAAUGAUACCUCGUACCUAUAUCAAAAUAUGUUGGAUAGGGGUGUCCAACAGGUGUAAUUUAUGGAAAGUGAAGAGUCAUAGGUUUCUGGAGUAUUUGUGGUAGCUGAGCAUUAAUUCUUGUCAUAACUAUUAAACUUCAUGAUCUGUGAUUUACAGAAGUCCAGAUCUCCCUCUACAUCCGAGAUACAAUUUUUUUUAUAUAUGAAAUCCUCAAUAAUUUGUGUUA